UCGGGACCGGGCGGCCGGAGGCAGGGCUGAGAGGUGCGGCGGGCGGAGGACCCGGGAGAAAAGGGGAAGAGAGCAGAGGAGCGGAGCGGAGCUGAGGAGCAGAGCAGCGGCAGGAUCCGGCCGGGCCGCAGCGCUCCCAGCCCGCAGCCGCCCCGCCAGCAGCCCGGGCGCGAAGCCACUACCGCGGAGCAGCCACCACCGCGCCGGCCGCCGCGGGCCGGGCAUGAGCGCUGAGGGGCCUUGGCCGCCCCCCGCACCUCCUGGCGCGCCCAGGCCGUGACCCGGGCGGGGGCGCGCGGCCACACUCGGGCCCGGGCCCAUGGGCGCGCUGAGCCGGGCGCGGAGGCGCUGAGCGCGGGCAGGCACGGCCGGAGGAGCCAUGGACUGCAGCCUCGUGCGGACGCUCGUGCAGAGAUACUGUGCUGGAGAAGAGAAUUGGGUCGACAGUCGGACCAUUUACGUGGGACAUAAGGAGCCCCCCCCAGGUGCUGAGGCCUACAUUCCGCAGAGGUACCCAGACAACAGGAUAGUCUCUUCCAAGUACACAUUUUGGAACUUCAUACCCAAGAACUUAUUUGAACAAUUCAGAAGAAUCGCCAACUUUUAUUUUCUUAUCAUAUUUCUGGUACAGUUGAUUAUUGAUACACCUACAAGUCCAGUAACGAGUGGACUUCCACUGUUCUUUGUCAUUACUGUCACAGCUAUCAAACAGGGCUAUGAAGACUGGCUUCGCCAUAAAGCAGAUAACGCCAUGAACCAGUGCCCUGUCCAUUUCAUCCAGCACGGCAAGCUAGUUCGGAAGCAGAGCCGAAAGCUGAGGGUUGGGGACAUCGUCAUGGUCAAGGAGGAUGAGACCUUCCCCUGUGACCUGAUCUUCCUCUCCAGCAGCCGUGGAGAUGGGACCUGCCAUGUGACAACUGCCAGCUUAGAUGGAGAAUCGAGUCACAAAACACAUUAUGCAGUUCAAGACACAAAGGGAUUUCAUACUGAAGAAGAUAUAGAUGGCCUACAUGCUACCAUUGAGUGCGAGCAGCCCCAGCCCGACCUCUACAAGUUUGUGGGCCGCAUAAAUGUUUACAACGAUCAGAAUGACCCCGUGGUGAGGCCAUUAGGAUCGGAAAACUUGCUUCUUAGAGGAGCCACGCUAAAGAACACGGAGAAAAUCUUCGGUGUUGCUAUUUACACAGGCAUGGAAACCAAGAUGGCAUUGAAUUAUCAAUCAAAAUCCCAGAAACGAUCUGCUGUAGAAAAAUCAAUGAAUGUAUUCCUCAUUGUGUACCUCUGCAUUCUAAUCAGUAAAGCACUGAUAAAUACUGUCCUGAAAUACGUGUGGCAGAGUGAACCAUUCCGAGAUGAGCCAUGGUAUAAUCAGAAAACUGAAGCAGAAAGACAGAGGAACCUGUUUCUCAGGGCAUUCACGGACUUCCUGGCCUUCAUGGUUCUGUUCAACUACAUCAUCCCUGUGUCCAUGUAUGUCACGGUGGAGAUGCAGAAGUUCCUUGGCUCGUAUUUCAUCACCUGGGAUGAAGAAAUGUUUGAUGAGGAAAUAGGGGAAGGGCCUCUGGUCAACACCUCAGAUUUAAACGAAGAGUUAGGACAGGUGGAGUACAUCUUCACAGACAAGACCGGCACCCUCACGGAGAACAACAUGGAGUUCAAGGAGUGCUGCAUCGAUGGCCAUGUCUACGUGCCUCACGUCAUCUGCAACGGGCAGGUCCUUCCCAGCGCUACUGGAAUCGACAUGAUCGACUCUUCCCCGGGCGUCAGUGGGAGAGAACGAGAAGAGCUGUUUUUCCGGGCCCUCUGUCUGUGCCACACUAUCCAGGUGAAAGAUGACGAUGACGUGGAUGGGCCCAGGAAGUCACCAGACUCGGGAAAAUCCUGUGUGUACAUAUCGUCCUCGCCCGAUGAGGUGGCCUUAGUCGAGGGUAUCCAGAGACUUGGUUUUACGUACCUAAGGCUAAAGGAUAAUUACAUGGAGAUAUUAAAUAGGGAAAAUGACAUUGAAAGGUUUGAAUUGCUGGAAAUUUUGAGUUUUGACUCAGUAAGAAGGAGAAUGAGUGUAAUUGUGAAAUCUGCUACAGGAGAAAUUUAUCUGUUUUGCAAAGGAGCAGAUUCUUCAAUAUUUCCCCGAGUAAUAGAAGGCAAAGUUGAUCAGGUCCGAUCCAGAGUGGAACGCAACGCUGUGGAGGGGCUUCGGACUUUGUGUGUUGCCUACAAAAAGCUCAUCCCAGAAGAAUAUGAAGGCAUUUGUAAAUUGCUACAGGCUGCCAAGGUGGCACUUCAAGAUCGAGAAAAGAAAUUAGCAGAAGCCUAUGAGCAGAUAGAGAAAGAUCUUAUCCUGCUUGGUGCUACUGCCGUUGAGGAUCGGCUCCAGGAGAAAGCAGCUGACACCAUAGAAGCUCUGCAAAAGGCGGGGAUCAAAGUCUGGGUUCUCACCGGAGACAAGAUGGAGACGGCGGCGGCCACCUGUUAUGCCUGCAAACUUUUCAGGAGAAACACACAGCUGCUUGAGCUAACUACCAAGAAAAUUGAGGAGCAGAGUUUACAUGAUGUCCUGUUUGAGCUGAGUAAAACUGUCCUACGCUACAGCGGCAGCUUAACCAGGGACAACCUCUCAGGACUUUCAACGGAUAUGCAAGACUAUGGUUUAAUUAUUGAUGGAGCCGCACUGUCUUUAAUAAUGAAGCCUCGAGAAGACGGAAGCUCCAGCAACUACAGAGAACUGUUCCUUGAGAUCUGCCGGAACUGCAGUGCUGUGCUGUGCUGCCGGAUGGCCCCUCUGCAGAAGGCCCAGAUUGUUAAAUUAAUCAAAUUUUCAAAAGAGCACCCUAUUACAUUAGCAAUCGGUGAUGGCGCAAAUGACGUCAGCAUGAUCCUGGAGGCCCACGUGGGCAUAGGUGUCAUUGGAAAGGAAGGUCGUCAGGCUGCAAGGAACAGUGACUAUGCAAUACCGAAAUUCAAGCAUUUAAAGAAGAUGCUGCUCGUUCAUGGGCAUUUUUACUACAUUAGGAUAUCUGAGCUUGUGCAAUACUUCUUUUAUAAGAAUGUCUGCUUCAUUUUCCCUCAGUUUUUAUACCAGUUCUUCUGUGGGUUUUCACAACAGACUCUGUACGACACGGCCUACCUGACACUGUACAACAUCAGUUUCACUUCCCUUCCGAUUCUCCUAUACAGCCUGAUGGAGCAGCACGUGAGCAUAGACACGCUCAAGAGGGACCCUUCUCUCUACAGAGAUAUUGCCAAGAAUGCCCUACUCCGCUGGCGCGUGUUUAUUUACUGGACAUUCUUAGGAGUAUUCGACGCUCUGGUAUUUUUCUUUGGUGCUUACUUCAUGUUUGAAAAUACAACAGUGACCAGCAAUGGACAGAUAUUUGGAAACUGGACCUUCGGGACGCUGGUGUUCACUGUAAUGGUAUUUACAGUUACACUAAAGCUGGCAUUAGAUACACACUACUGGACUUGGAUAAACCAUUUUGUUAUCUGGGGGUCACUGCUCUUCUACAUCGUCUUUUCACUCCUCUGGGGAGGAAUUAUCUGGCCAUUCCUCAGUUAUCAAAGGAUGUACUAUGUGUUCAUACAGAUGUUAUCCAGCGGCCCUGCCUGGCUGGCCAUCAUUCUGCUCAUCACUGUCAGCCUCCUUCCCGAUGUUCUCAAGAAAGUCCUGUGCAGGCAGCUGUGGCCCAGCGCCACAGAGAGAGUCCAGAGCACGCGCACACAGAGUCAGGACCACCUCUUAGAAGUCAGCCGUUUUGUCUCUUUGCACAGCCCCAGUCCCUCGGCCACGCGGCCAGGCUCCUGCUCCAAACAGGUGACAUUAACGUGCCCAGAGAGCAAGGAGUGCUCAGUCCUCCCUCCCAUUGUCAAUGUCUCAAACAACCGUUGCCAUCCCAGCUGGAGACCCUGCUACCGCGGGCCCUGUGAGGAGACAGAUGGCGAACAGAUCACCAGUUCAAGCCUUUAAGAACCACACUGCAAGUGUGUGUUGUGCACACGUGUGCUUUUCCUUUGCCCCCAAAAGAAGAGGAAGGGGCAACAGGACCUGGCUGGAGUGCAUGGUCUGGCAGUCUGCAUCAUCGUUCUCGCAGGCCUGGCGGCCUCGGGUGUUUAGUUGGGCUGCUGAAAAGAAGGACAUGCACAGGACCUGGUACAUUGGUCCUGGGUCAAGGUCUCUGUGUCUGUGCCCUCUGUCACCUCCACUACAUGCAUCACCUGAGGAGGACAUCUGCUUGGAGAUCGGUGGUCCAACUUCAAGCAGGAGGCAGUCACACCCACCAAACAUCAUGUAAGCACAGAUGUGACUCGCCCUUGCCAUGGGACCGAUGGGUCUGGCCUCUGCCCUUCCUUCUCCAGAGCCCUCUGGUACUUCCGCUUUUGGCACUGACACUCAAAUAAUUGUGCAUCCAUUUCCCGUUAGAGUCGCAGACUGUGCUGUUGCUUUUGUUCAGAACCCUCCACAUCCCGAAGCUGAUUUUUAGGGUUGUGUCUGAUUCAAAGUUUGUUUCUCUGGGGGUGAUGUUACUCCUGUAUAUUUGGGAGUAUUGUUGAAUGUUUCCAUGUCUCCACUUUUCCUGUCCCCUAGCUGCCUCUGUGGAGAAUAAAAAAGGACUAUUCGCAUGAGAGGAAGAGGUAAUACUAUCCAUUUAAGCUCUCCUUGUACAAGUUUUGAUACAUUUGUCUUUACUCACCCAAGGGUAAAGCUUAUAAGUUUACUGUUGUUGGGAAAUGUUUAUUUCAUGGACGUUAGGGGAAGGGUGGUGGUCUGGGGUGCCCUGGGCAAGUAGCCGCUGUGAUAGUCCACCCCCUUUCAAUGUCUUCAUGCAAAGGUGGUCUCUAGGGGCGGUGUUUAUCUUCCAGAAUCUGUUUCAGGCCGACGCAGGUCUGCCAGCAAGAUGGCCGGGUCCUAAAAAGCAAUAUCGCCAUCCUAGACUGCCACCUUCCUGGUAACUCUGACCAAGCCUUGCUUUGAGUGUUCUUCUGUUCCAUCUCUGCUUUGUCUUAGCAUGCUGUCCAGUGGGUAAGCCAUCAGGAGGCUGCUGUAUUGUGAAGUUCCUGUCACUUUUCUGUACUGGUGUUUCUAUUUCUAGAAAUAACCUAGUUGACAUAGCCUUAAUGGUCCUUAAAGAAGACAUUUCAGUUUGAGAUUCAGAUUUCAGACAUUAAAACAGAUGCCUUUUAAGAAAAGCGUCACUGGAAGCUAAACCAACAGCAGGGACCUUGUCCACUGUCAGAUUUCAUGCUGUGAAAUUUGGAGCUAUUGGUAAUUGAACACUGAGUUUGUUUCAGAGAUACUUGAUGUUAGAUAUUUUUGGAAGUUCAAAUUUCACAAAUUGAUUGUGUAAUGUUUCAUGUAAAAAUAUUUAUUUGACAUACGGGGCAAAUUAACAGUGAGAACAGUGAACAUAAAGUAGUUGGGAUAAAUUGAGGUGAAGUAUAAACACCAUACCAAAGACUAGGUAAGGGAAGUUUGGUUUAGAGUAAGACAGAGAAUGAGGAGGGCACCAUUUCCAUUAUGAGGGUCCUCCUCACCACACCCUCCAGUCCCGGUCCCGUCCUCCUGUCACGUCCCCAUGUUCUACGUGUGGUAGCAGCCCUUGGCCAUUCUGGUCCACACUAGACCCUGCAAACAAUGGUGUGUGCAUUUUUACAGCCGUUUUUAAGAACUUAAUAUGGGUAUAAAUGUAAUACCUGUAGGGGGGACAGAUUCUCUGUAUGUUUAGUUAACAAAUUCUUUGUAAUGUAUUUUUUUAGAAAUCUUAAAAUUGCCUUUGCACUGAAGUAUUUUCAUAGCUGUUUAUAUCUCUUAUUCAUUUAUUUGUUAACAUAUCAUAUCUAAUUUUUAAAGUAUGUUUUUAAAGCUUUUAUUUUUUAAGUUGAAGAAAUUUUGGCCACUUUAAAUUCUGGUGAGAGUUUUCACUGAAUGUCUCAAUAUAUGAUGAAUGUGAAUUUUCAGGUUUGAUUUAAUUCUCUGCACCUGUUUGUUUUUUGGUGUUUCUGGUGGCAGCGAUGAGUUGAAAGGCAUAUUGAGAGUGUGAUAUUUUGCUAUGCUUCUUCUUUACAGUUAAUUGCAAUUUCAUCUGCUUUUUGUUUUAUUUUUAAUUUCUAUCCUUCAGCCUUAAAACAGAAGCUUCUUACUUGAUGGUUCAGUAUCUUCUUUCUGCCUGUACUGAGACAGUUACCAUUUACCUCUGACACUUCAAGUCUCAUUAUGAAAGUCACUAAACCUUUACACACUCCAAAAUGUUUUUUAAAAACUGUUUGGGAAAUGAAGGGACUGUGCCUGAUCAUUUGAAAUAGAUUAAGAGGCAUGAGAUAAAAAAUAAAAGGAGGAAGAGAAGAACCCCACUGAAAUGACAUUUCAGAUAUGUCUCUGAUAUUCAGAUAUUAAUGUGAUAUUUUUCACCUUAUAGUAGCUAGUAUUUACUUGUCUUUAACUUUAAAGCAAGUAAUGUCAACUUAUUUAAGCAUUUUUCUUAAGUUUUGAAAAUCUUAUUCAUGACUGCAUAUGUUAAUAGAUUAUUAACUCAUAAUUUCCAAUAUUGGUCAGAAUAUAUGCUUCCUAACCCACACUCCAGCCCAACAGCAAGUCAUCUAUGCAUGAGUGGUCCCGACCACGUUGCAUUCUCUUGCUUUCAGCUCCAGGUCCACUCAUGGCCACAUAUGUGCAUAUGUGCCAGUUCUCAUGCACACACACAACUACAUACACAUACAAGUUCCCUAGGCCCGAAGCAUCCCUGUCUCCUUCCUAAGGGGAUCCCGUGAGAUAAGGCUCCUUGGACCUCCAUGCCAAGUGCCCAGGCAGGACACAGGAGGCUUUGCCGAGUGCAGCCCUUGGGUUUGAAGCGGAGCUGCUGGAUGACCCAAGCAGCAGGGCCCUGGCCUAAGCUUCAUCCCUAGGACAAGUGGCAGAAAGUGGCCUCUGGACCCUCCCAGCUGCAGCAUCUUCACGUGCAUCCAGGAGUACGGCAGGCCCUCUGCCUCAGGGCAGCUGGGAGAAAAGGCAGCCUUCUCUUGGCAAACCCUAUUAGAACCCAGAUCAACACACCUCUAUGCAUUUGACCCAAUAGGAUGAACACAGACCAGAUGACACCUGGUGACUGGAGCCUGGACUAGGAAAGGAGGCUAAGAAUGACCUGCUUUUGCAAUAGCAGGUUUAUAGAAUUGUAGUUUGGCGUGGUGAGAUCUUGCAACUUUUAACUACAAAAAUGUCUCACCCAUGCUGUCAUAACUAUUCUUAAAUUGCUGGGCAUCAGCCAAAUGUUCAGUGCAACCUAAAGGAAGUUUUCUGGCCUUUUUCUUUAAAACCACUAAUUUCACCUGUUUUGCACUGACUAAUAAUAACCUAAAGCAACCACUACUACAUUAUCUUUAAAUUAAUAUUAUUUAUUUGACAGCUCAAUAUAAUUUCGGUAUGCAUUUUCUUGUGUUCUACAUUUCUUUUGGAAAUUUCCCAUCAUAACUUUAAAAACAGGAAAUAUUUCUGUUUGCACAUGAAUUUUUUUUUAAAGCUAGAGGGGUAGGUAAAUGAGAAUGAGAAUCAUUCUGAUAUUGUCUAUAAACAAAGUUUUAAUGAAGAUGUGUUGGAAGUAUUAUUAAAGUGUGAUUCUACUUUUGCAGAAAAAAAUUUAAAGAUUAGUUUAUAUAGCUUUAUUUUUUACCUUAUCAAAAUAUACAGAAUUUUCAUAUGCAUAUAUUGUCUCUGAAUUAAAAUUAUAAUGUGUGUCUGCAUCGCUGUUUAAAAUGUCCAUUUAUUAUGUAAUGUAAUAAGAGAGAAUCUUAAAAAAUGUAUUAAACAGGAAUGGAAUCUAUAGUUGUCAUCAUCAUAAAUACUGGAAUUUAUUUUUAAAUUAUUUAAUAUAGUAGGUGCAUUUAAGAUAAUAAAUCAGCCUCCAAACAGUCAUGUUUAAUUGAUAAUUCAUUAACCUGCUUUGAAAAAUUAAAUUGUAAAUUGAACCAAAUCUUACAUUUCUGUAAAGUUUAUUUUGUAUGGUGUUUUUAACUUUUAUUUCUGUAGAUAAAGUAUGAGUUAAUUAUAUUGGACUUUUCUGCAGAUUAUCUA